CCCGCCCCCGUUACAAAAAUAUAAGACAAACGUCUAAUGACACACAAUCAUGUACGACGAAUGUCUAUUACUCUCGACUCGUUUUCCACAAAAAUUGUGGAGAAUUGUGAAUGAGUGUACCAGCGGUGCCAUAAGCUGGAGCCAUAACGGCAGCAGUAUCCUACUGGAUUACAAAAAAUUUCACAACGAGUAUCUAGAUCCGAAAAAUUCAAUUUUCAAAACGAGCAACGUCACCAGCUUCAUACGACAGCUAAAUCUCUACGGAUUUCGUAAAGUGACAUCGCACAAUCGUGAUCCCCUGUGUAAUUCACGUAAUCCGGAUAUACACGAAUUUCAGCAUGAGAAUUUCCAACGUGAGCGUGAGGACUUGGUGAAAAAAGUUUGUCGAAAAGCAUCGAGAAAAUCGAAGAAAGAGGGAAAGAAAAUCAAACGCAUGAAUGAUGCUGGGGGAUCCUCGAGAUUGAAAAUGUGUCAGGUCGCACUGACGAAGGCACUGGAGCAGGCAGUUGAUGAUUAUCGAAGGAGAAAAUUGCAUGUGGAGGUGAUUAAUGCUAACGUGAGCCCAUUCGGCCCUGCUGCAUCUUCCCAUCUGCAGGUUUUUAAUUACUUGCAUUGAGG